AUGAGGGUUUCCACACUCGCGACCGCUGUCGGAUUCGCCGGCCUCGCCUCCGCCGGCGUCCACAAGAUGUCCCUCAAGAAAAUCCCCGUUGAGGAUACUAUGCUCGGCCAGAACUUCCAAACCCAGGUGCAGGCUUUGGCUCAAAAGUACAUCAACCGAGCCGGUAACCAGCAGGCAUUCACCAAUGAUGUUAAUGCUGACGGCGGCCACUCCGUCCCAGUCAACAACUUCUUGAAUGCUCAAUACUACUCCGAAAUCACUCUCGGAACACCACCACAAACUUUCAAGGUCGUCCUUGACACUGGCAGCUCCAACUUGUGGGUUCCAUCGAAAUCAUGCUCUUCGAUCGCCUGCUUCCUUCACACCAAGUACGACUCUAGCGAGUCGUCGACCUACAAGGCCAACGGCACCGAGUUCUCAAUCCAAUACGGGUCCGGAAGCAUGGAGGGCUUUAUCUCGCAAGAUACCCUCACAAUCGGUGACCUCACCAUCAAGAACCAGCUCUUCGCUGAGGCUACCAAGGAACCUGGCUUGGCCUUCGCCUUUGGCAAGUUCGACGGUAUCCUCGGUUUGGGGUACGACACCAUCUCUGUGAAUAAAAUCCCACCACCAUUCUACCAAAUGAUCAGCCAGAAGCUCGUUGAUGAGCCAGUCUUUGCCUUCUACCUCGGAAGAGAAGAAGAUGAAAGCGAGGCUGUCUUCGGCGGUAUCGACAAGAGCCACUACACCGGUGACAUCACCUGGGUUGAUGUCCGCAGGAAGGCUUACUGGGAGGUCCCCUUCGAUUCCAUCUCCUUCGGUGAUCAGACCGCCGAGCUUGAUUCCUGGGGUGCCGUCCUCGAUACCGGUACCUCCCUCAUCACUCUCCCAUCUGACUAUGCUGAGAUGCUGAACUCCGCCAUCGGCGCCACCAAGGGCUGGAACGGCCAAUACAGCGUUCCAUGCGAAAAGGUUCCAGAUCUUCCAUCUCUCACCUUCAACUUGGGUGGUACCAACUUCACCAUCGAAGGUAGCGACUACACCUUGAACCUCCAGGGAUCUUGUAUCAGUGCCAUUACUCCUCUCGAUAUGCCAGCUAGACUCGGUCCAAUGGCUAUUCUCGGAGAUGCUUUCUUGCGCAAGUACUACUCCAUCUAUGACCUUGGCAACAACAGAGCUGGUUUGGCCAAGGCCAAAUAA